AUGGCGAUGAAACUGAUCUUGAUAAGGAGGGAUGUGCGUUGUAUGGGGAUGGAUGUUCGCAAUAUGUUUGAAACUGCGAAGUUGAAAUUGCAAUCGACUUGCGGUUUGGACUGGAUGAGUCAGCAAGCUCGCGCCUGUGAGCCUGGAAGCAGAUCAACGUGGAAACGCAACGAGCUAGUUGUCGGAAUAAGUGAAAUCCCGGAGCUAGGCCUGAUACGGACAGUAGAAGGCCACCUCACCAGAAAGGAAAGAGCCAAGAUCCACCGCCGAUUUACUAAUUGCACCGUUCCACAUCCUCCGCACUUCAUUGCUCUCCUGUGUGUCGACGAUCUACUUGACACAACUCUGCAAAAUACGGCCAUUCUCGACUGGAACUUUGUAAUAUUUACAAAAUACAGACAGCUUAUAUCUCUUCUCCUACUGUUUAAUCCCCUCCGAUUCAACACCUCAGUCACAAUGUCAGAAACCUUCCAAGAGCUCGCCGAUAUUCCCAAGGACUUCGUCAAAGAUGGCAUGCUAUUCAUGAACCGAUGUACCAAACCUGACAAGCGAGAAUUUCUCAAGAUCAGCCAAGCAGUUGGCUUCGGGUUCCUCAUCAUGGGCGCCAUCGGCUACUUUAUUAAACUGAGUGAAUAG